AUGAAUAACUACUCUACGCCAAAUGGCGUCAAUCACGGCCUCCAAGAAUCAGGAAUCCAGCCUCGGCUGUACUCUAUCAACAACCUGCCGUCAUUGGAAGACUUCAAGAAGCUAACAACAGAGUCUUCAUCAAUUGACCAUCCACUUGCAAGCACUAUCGAGUCGCACGUGCCGAUAUAUCAUCUGCCCAAUUAUUCAUCGUUGAGUCCAGAACAACUUGCUACUCUACAGGACGAAUGGUACCACAUCCUGCUUUCAGGCCCCGGUGUCUUCGUCGCCAAGAGCCUCUACAAAGACACGUCUCAAAUUGAUGACGUCAACAAAGUAUACUCAUCAAUAAUCGCAGAAGAGAAACAAGCGUCCAGCCAACGCGGCGGCCACUUUGCAGGCGCCGGCGCAAACGACCGCGAUGGGUUGUUCUUCAAUCCUGCGCUGUUCCAUGCUGCAGGUCAGAAUGACUCUGUGGAUAUCAUGCGCUCAGCGAACCUGCUGCAGAUUUCAUCGGCGUUUGGUAAGCCCAUGGAAUCGAUUGAUACUUAUCCUCUUAUUGAGCACACCUGGGAUGCGUUGUCAGAGAUGUAUGUGAAGGAUGGGCUCACUGAUGAGGUUAAGGCGUUUGUCAGUGUUGUUGCAGAGGGGUAUCCGUUUCCCACGAAUCUUGAUAGGAGAGUACCAGAGGCCACAGGUAUGGCACCGACGAGCGAGCAAGACUUACUCUUGAAGUGCUUGAAAGAUCAUAUGUCAAAGGAAGAUGUGUUGACACAGCUACUGAAGAUGAAGGAGGAUUCGAGGGCGUGA